CGUUUAGAAUUGCAACAGGUGCAAUCUUUGACAAAGCAGCUAGUACAUAUACGGCAAAUUGGUAUUGAACCCAGAAGAGUGCCUCAACUAGAAGAACAGGAAUGACUGGUGACUUAGAAUGGGAGGUGCAGUCCUUAGCCGGUGGGUUCACUGUCCAUUUCAGUUAACCAGUCAAGGUUCUGCUGUGAGUGCAGCAGGAGGCACAUAGUUCUGUUUUAUCCCUGAAGAAUAUGAUCUUCGUUGCUUAAAAUUCGAUCAUGAGUUCUCUUAAUUGCCUUAAAGUGCUUGUUUGUGUAUUUUGCUUGUGCUUGAAUCAUAAUAUACAUGCAAGGGAUGAGGGACUGUAUAGCGUAGUGGCCCCCGGAACCAUAAUCCCUAAUCGGGACUUCAAAGUAACCGUUGCCGUUUAUCGCAUCAAAGAACCAGUCACCAUUAAACUGGCCAUCUCAGGGAAUUCGUAUAAUGAUUCCCUGACCGUGGACCUACCCACAGACCGCGAAUUGAAAGAGGUCGCCUUUAAGGUGCCUGACCUUUCCUCGGGUGACUACGCACUGACAGCUGAAGGAGUGUCAGGCCUGAAGUUUCAGAACUCCAUUAGUCUUUACUUCCGUGACGAUGCUCCAGUGGUUGUUUUACUAAUUGACAAGGAUGAGUAUAUUCCUGGAGACAAGAUUAGCUAUCGCGUUUUGUUACUAAAUGAGCAACUUCGCCCAGAUACUUAUGCCAAAGAUAUGGUUAUCUGUCUCUUGGAUCCUAAAGGAAACAAGGUUGAUAAGGCCACAAAAAGCAAGGUAGCUGACGGAAUCUAUUCUGGACAAUUUCAGUUGUCCAAAAGGGCAGCUCUGGGGCAAUGGGAGUUGAACCUCGAGGAUACAGAGGGUACUGAAUAUGACUCACGAGCUAGUAAAUGUUUUUACGUAAAGCCUGAGGGGCUGCCAAGGUUCUCCAUUCAAAUAGAUGUUCCAAAGUUCGUCAGUAUAAAGGAAAACGAGAUGAAGAUAGUGCUUAGAGUCAAGCACUCGUACGGAAACCCCCUCAACGGAAGAGCUGAACUAAAUAUUAAGUUAAAUACGGAAAAGCGCAAGAAUAAUCCUUAUAAUCGCACAAUAACAGCUAAUGGUGCUGUAGUCAAGGGUCUGGCGACCUUUCAUGUUCUUCUGACGGACAUUGCCAAACACAUAGCUCCAAUCCGGGCCCCUUAUAUAGCUACAAUAAGUGCAUCGGUGGAAGAUAAAGAUAGUGGAGAAAAAACCACUAAGUUUGCAUCCGUUUUCUUGCUGCAAAAUCGCUAUAUUAUUACAUGUGCAGAUUAUUCGUGCCGAAGGCCGUGGAAAGAAAAAGACCACAAGGUUCUUAUAAAGAUUACGAACUUAGAUGGAUCUCUGGUAUCCGAAAGCAAGUCAGCGGUGAAGCUUAUUUACAGCGAAGGUACUAUACAAAAUAAUAGCUACUUCAGAAAAUUCAGAGAAGUGGACGAAAAGAAGCGCUUUGAGUUCGAAGGCCAAUUGGAUAAGCCGGGACAUUACGUGUUCAAAGCAAACCUCUCUGAUUUACAAAAAAAAAACGAAUACUACGAUAUAUCUGUGGAAUAUAAGGGCGAAGAAUAUCGAAUCCAGCAAACAAUCUCACAAUCGAUAGGCUUCAUUAUGGACGUGACAAAUGCUUUUUUCACACCUCAGAUAGAUGUGGAUUUCUUCCUUCAGAUCCAUGGACCCAAAGAUGACAACGGUCUUCCAGCUGCUUUGGUUGUUGGCGAUGAGUUCCGAGUGACCCUCAAUUCCAACGAACCCAUCAAAUUCUUUAUAUACAACAUAGUGGCCCGUAGUCUCAUACUGCACACCGAAAGAGUUGAGUUCGACGAGCCCAAGAUGGUUUACAACUUCACGUUGAAGGCUACGCAUCUCACUGCGCCCUAUUUUUAUAUUUAUGCCUACUAUGUAGACGAACAGGGAGUCCUUCAUCACACCAAGUCUGAAUUCAAAGUUCUCAUGAGUCUUUCCAACGAAAUUAGUAUAUCUGCACCAAGCACAGGGUAUCCUGAAGAAGAAGUCAAGCUAAGAAUCAGAACAGAACCCAAUUCCUUUGUCGGCAUCUUGGCGGUCGAUGAAAGGUUUUCAGGCAGGAUAAGGAUAGAUGACAGAAAACAGGACGAUAUUGAUUAUCUGUUUUAUGUCUAUAAACUCUCAAAUGUUUUCUCAUUUAUCAAGCCCUCAAUGAGCUUUCCCAGAAAACAUGAAAUAGGAAUGAGCUCCUUAGAAGAGCAAUUGAAGAACGUCUAUUUGCACACAAACCACGAUGUUCCUGGAUCGCAUCUUGGUCUUGUCACCAUGACCAACGCCCAGAUUAAGGAAAGGAUCUUUCGAUUCUUCGACAAGGACAAAGACGUAUCUGCGAGAGCAUUAUCAGCGAAAUAUCCUUUGAAAUCCACUGAAUCCUGGCUGUUUUCCGAUAUACAAAUAUCGCACACAGAGGUUACGGAACUGCAAAUAAAACUUCCUGACACCCUGGGCACCUGGGUAGUUAAGGGUUUUUCCUUGCACCCGGAAAAAGGAUUGGGCGUCUUCCAAAGUAACGUUACACAAAUCAGAACCAUCAAGCCCUACUCGCUCUUCAUUCAUUUGCCGUACUCAGUGAAACUAGGAGAAACGGUCAGAAUUCCGGUUCUGGUCGUCAACCAUUUACCCGAAACGAAAUUGAAAGUAGAGUUAGCACUGGACAACGGAGCUAAUGGCCUUGAAGAUUCCUUGGAAUAUCGUCAAACACAACUCAUGGAAAUCGAUGAGUAUGGAGCCAAAAGCGCGUUCUUCAUUUUCUGCCCCAACUAUACGGGAAACUUUAUUCCUCUAGAAUUUACAGCAACCUCUUCAGUUAAAAAUACUACUGUUCAUAAGUCGCUAAUGGUUAUUGAAGACAAUGUAAGAGGCAGCACCGAAUAUAGAAAUCGCGCCAUCCUAGUGAACUUGAAGGACAACCAGGACUACAAAAGCACCUUCCAGGUUGACCUCCCAAAUUCCAGACUGAUCGAGUUUAGUUUAUUCAGUGACCCUCUCGGUCCGAUCCUUCAAAACUUGGGUAUUUCAAUACCGGAUGGCACGGGCGAACUGAUCAUGUCUAAAAUGGUAGUUAACUUUUUGGUGUGGAGCCACCUUAAUGGAACCAAAAAACUCGAUGGAGCUUUGGACACUCGAAUCAAGAAUAAUUUAAAAGAGGGCUAUCAGAACAUACUGAACUAUUGUCACGACGAUGGAAGCUUUAGCUACUUUGACCCCCCGAAAGCCAACGGUUCCAUCUGGCUAACCUCUUACGUCCUGCGUUACUUAGGCGAAAUUAAAGCUGUCAUAUAUGUCGAUCCUACAAUUUUGAAAAAGGGAUUCGCAUUUUUGCUCAGCCGCCAGCAUGAAGACGGAAGUUUCACGGAAGAUUUCAAAUACUUUUCAAGGUCCGGGAGCCCUCUUUUCUUUACAUCCAGUGUCCUGUUGGCUCUUCAGAAACAAACCAGUCCCGAGAAGGAAGCCAUAAGCAAAGCGGUGGCUUUUCUAAGAUCUCAGCUCGACGAAACAGCCUUAUCACUGGCCAAGUCAAUGGCCAUAUAUGCAUUGCAAAAGUCGCAGGCCCCGGGAUCUGAUAAACUUGUGGCGCAACUUAGAUCCGUGGCAAAGCAGGAAAAUGACCAACUUUGGUGGGCAGAGGAUGUGCAGAACGGAAGCCCUCAAGAUGUGGAGAUCACCUCAUAUGCCCUGCUCUCCCUCAUGGAUUCGGAAAUGGAUGUGCCAGAGUCAGCAAUCAGCACCGUUCGAUGGCUUUUGGCCCAGAGAAAUAUUUAUGGAGAAUUUGACUCCAGCCAGAAAACAGUUAUUGGUCUUACAGCCUUGGUUGAGUUCGCUGAAAAAUGUGGUUACAAUCCAAGCGCUUGGGAAGUGAGCAUCAGCAAUGAAGACAUAUCCCAAAAAUUCGUCCUAGGCAAUCUGACCCAGUUGACCCAGUCGAUUAACUUCCCGCCGGCCACCAAAUUCCUGGAGGUUCAGGCAAAGGGAACUGGUGCAGCUCUCAUCCAGAUUAGCUAUGGGUAUGACUUCGAGGAGAAGCAGGCCAAUCCAAGCUUCAGUAUUCAGACUACGGUCAGACCCAGCAGUUUGUCAUCGAAGAUGGAGCUAGUCGUGUGCGUGGAGUUCCUGGAGAGGAGCACAAAGGCCUCCAAUAUGGCCGUUUUGGAGGUGUCCCUGCCCUCCGGAUACAGAUCGGAUAGAUCGAGCUUCAAGAAAAUUCGUGAUGUCGAAGGAGUGGGGUCCGUGGAUACCAAGAAUGAAGACUCCGUGGUCAUCGUCUACUUUGAAAGCCUGGCCAAGAAUGAAAGCAAAUGCAUUCCCGUCGAGGCGUACAGAACACUUGAAGUGACCAAUCUUAAGCCUUCCAGUGUAGUUAUCUAUGAUAAUUAUGGCCGGAAGGCAACCGAAUAUUAUCAACUUAAAUUGGAGCUCAGCGACAUUAGAGGCACUUAAAGUCGCCGUUUUGAGUCCACAGGCUCAUAAAUCAAGCUAUUUCAUUUUAAUCAACGUACCACGCUUCCUACAGCCCACAUUUUUAUGGUACUACUCGAAGUUAAAUCCAAUAUACCAUAAUCACCUUCAAUGUCAGAUCGUAGAUAUGAAUCUGCUGAGUCAGCAAUAAAUAUUUGUAAACAUUGCGCUAGCAAAUUGGA